AUGGUACAGGUACAAGCUCGGGACGGUACAUACCAUAACAUUCGAGCCCUACUAGAUCAGGGGUCUGAGACUACUCUCAUAUCAGAGAGAAUAGCUCACAUUUUAGGUUUACCACGCAAACAUUGCAAGGGAACUAUAACUGGAAUAGGUGAAAAGGAGAGCAAUUGUAAGGGGAUUAUUAAAAUCAAGUGUAGGUCUAAUCAAGAAGACUUUUCUUUCGAAACAGAUGCGUAUAUCAUGAGAACUUUAAUAAAGAAUCUGCCCUCCUACAGCUUUCCUAAACCAGAGUGGCCCGCAUUAGAAAAUUUGCCUUUAGCGGAUCCUUACUUCAAUAUGAGAAGACCGGUAGACCUUUUACUUGGAGUAGAUGUUUUUAGUAACUUACUAUUAGACGGAAUUUAUAAGGCGGGGCCCACUCUACCGAUGGCUCAAAAAACGCGUUUAGGUUGGAUUUUGAGUGGCUGCGUAAAAAAGAGUUUUAAAUGUAACAUAAUUGUACAUAACAUCGACGAUAUCUGUCAAUUUUGGCAAGCAGAAAAUAUCUCAGAGCCAUCUACUAUAUCACUUGCCGACCAGCAGGUCAUUGAUUUUUAUAAUAAAAGUACUAUACGUCAGUCGGAUGGCAAGUAUCAAGUGCGCCUCCCCCUUAAAAAUGAAAUAGAAAAUAAAUUAGGCCAGUCAAAAUCAAAGGCCAUUGCACAGUUUAAACAGUUAGAAAGAAAGUUUGUUAAAAAUAUAAGUAUAGCACGAGAGUAUAAAUUAUUUAUAAACGAAUACAAGCAAUUAGGUCAUAUGAUACACUCAAAUAAUUCCGAUUCAUCCGGUUUUUACCUACCGCACCAUUGUGUUAUUCGAGAUGAAUCAACGACAACUAAGUUACGGGUGGUUUUUAAUGCUUCCGCGCCUUCCACUUCCGGUUUGAGCUUAAAUGACUUCAUGGAAAGAGGUCCUAACUUACAACAAGAUCUACAGAGUCUUCUUAUCAAGUGGAGACAGUUUAGAUAUGGGUUUACUGCGGAUAUUGAAAAAAUGUUUAGAAUGGUUUGGUUACAUCCAGAUGACCAAAAAUAUCAAAAGAUCAUUUGGAGAGAAUCGCCGUUAGAUAAAAUGAAUAUUUUUCAAUUAAAGACAGUGACAUACGGCACCAAGGCCGCGCCGUUUCUGGCGAUGAUGACACUUCGACGUUUAGCUCAAGAUGAGAGACAGAAUUAUCAAGAGAGUUCCGCGCCGAAAGUUAUUGAAUCAUCAUUUUACAUGGACGACUUAGUCUACGGAUGUCAUUCUAUCGAAUCAGCAAAGCGUUUAAUAAACGACAUUAUUUCGAUUUUAAAGUCAGGAGGGUUUAAUUUACGAAAAUGGAAGGCCAAUAAUCAAGAUAUACUCCCAAAUAAAUAUAGUAAUAUAGAACAAAUCAAUUAUGACUUUAAAAACACCGAGUCAUCAAAAACGUUAGGCCUGAGUUGGGACCCACAGCAAGAUCAAUUUACAUUUACCUCAAAAUUAGACUUCAUGACGAAAAACCCUACAAAACGUAUUUUACUUUCAAAUAUAUCAAAAUUAUUUGACCCACUGGGCUGGCUAUCUCCAAUUUCAACUAAAAUAAAACUAUUAUUUCAACAAGUAUGGCAAUUACAAUUAAAAUGGGACGAACCUUUACCGGAAAAUAUAUUGAAAGAGUGGGAAAGUAUGAAAAUUGACUUAGAAAAUAUAAAUAAAUUUUAUAUACCUAGGUGGUUAGGAACAAUAAAGAAUAAUGUCAUCGAACUCCACGGAUUUUCAGAUGCGUCAACAAAAUGUUACGCUUGCGUUGUUUAUUGCAAGGUAAUGACACAUGAACAGACAUCGGUAACUAUGAUAGCAGGAAAAUCAAGAUUAGAACAAGAUUAG